ACCCCGGGUGUACGCGGAAAGAUGACCUGGAAGGGCUCCGGUCCUGGUUUAGAACCUCAAAGCUACUAAGCUGCCGGCUUGUCGGCGGUGCAAAUCGUGCGACAAAUCCGCCAAAGUCCAGGGUGUCUCACGGUGCAGAAACCACGGUUCACUUCGGAGGGAGAGCAGACACCACGCAGAGGGAGGGCUGAAAAUGCUGCACAAUGCAAACGCGAAACAUGAGAUUCAAGCGCAUUUGGGGAAGAAUGUUUUGGGUUAACGAGGCGCUCGAACGUGAGUAAUUCGACAAGUGCCUCGAACUGAGCACGCAGAUCAGGCUUUCUCCGCAACAAAAAGCUAAUGAAAUCUUUUUUCUUUUUUUUCCCGAGAUGUAGAAAAAAAAAAAAAGGAUGAAGUGUGUUUGGUGUCGCCACCUAGUGGGGGGAACCCGCUCAUUUUUUGUUUUUACUUUUAUUUAUUGUGUGCAGGUAAGCCGGAGGCUGACCGGAGGAAGUAGUGGAAUGCGUGAUAAAAGCGCGCGUUCAAAACUUCCAAGUGUCGUGGUGUUGUUGCAGAGCCCUAAAAACGUUGUUCCGUAGGUCGCCAACGAGACUCGACCGCGAUGGUGUGCACGGAAGGAAGUCACGUCUAAACUCUUUAAAAGUUUAGUGCUCCGCUUGUUCUAGAGAUGGAAUGCAAUACCGAGUACUCAGAGUACACGCCACCUUCGUCCCCACGGCAUGAGCCCCUGUCGUGCAGCGUCUUUGAGCCUUCGGAUGUCACGGUUGGCCUUGUUUUCACGUGCCGCAGUGACGCGCACCCAAGGAGUGUCACAUGCCACAUUCCGUUGGAAGCGCCAUACAUCUGGCUCUUUGGACGAGCGUUCUACAGGAGAAGGUUUUCCCAACACCACUUGACAGAGCUCUUUUGGGCGGCUCGAGCACAGAUAUUCGAGCUCUUUGCUGAAUCCAGAUGCCACGAGAUUGUGAUCGCUCCAAGUGGUGUUGCCAAGUUGCAGCAGGAUGUCUCAACAUUCUUCAGCUAUCUGAGGCACGAGGUUGAGAGGCUGCUGGACGACCCGAAUUCGACUAUGGACGUCGCCCGUCUUCGGGAGGAAAAGGAUGUCUUAAGCCCCAAUGAAUUCUGCAUUGCCGUGCUUCGAGAGGUCCACCAGACCCUCCUCUGCAUCGGCCAUAUCUGCGACUUGCCGCAGGCUGCAACCGCAGUGUCCCCCAGUUCGAAUGCUGCUGCUCUAUUCCACCUGUGCCUUGAAGUGUGGUGGUCUGCGUUUCAAGUCGCAGACAGGAUUGCGUCGUCCGCUAUCCUCAAAGGAAGCGACGCGGACGUGUGCUUCUGCGACUUGGAUGCUUUCGGGCAGAGCGGCCCAUUUUCUCAAGUGGCCGUGAUAUUGCUGUGGGACUUGUGCUGCCUGGCAUCCAGGAGUUACGGAACGAGCUCUGUGGCAGCAAGUGAGAGGCGGGCGUUCUGCUGUGACUGUGUGCGGCACCUCUGGGAAAUGGUCAUGGACGUCAUCCACCGGAGACAGGAGCACCAUGGAGAAGAGCCAUUUUGGGCAUACCUCAACUUGGUACUGGAAGCCCUGUGCCGUGGCAGCCCUACGGAGCCGGGGGGAGAUGUGGGAAAAUUCAACCUCUCCUCGCUCGCCUGUGCAACCGGCGGCGACGCCUGCACCCCCGCGUUCUGCCUCUGGCUUCUGACCAGCGUUGCCGAGGUCGACGGCGGGUGCAUGUGGAAAAAGGGCAAAAGCAAUUAUGUCAUGGCCAAGAAGUUUGUGCAGUCAGCAACAACGAACCAUGGAGAAUCGGACAUGAGGACCAUUCUCAAAUGCUGCAUCACGCUGCACAGACUGUGGGAGCCGAGCCUGGAGCUGCUGCUGCCACUCUUGGAGUUCUUCUUGAAGAACCUGAAUAACAGUUUCCAAGAGCCAUCAAAGCCUACAGGUAUCCAGGGGCUUGUUUUAUGGAAGUCAGGCCAGCAACUCUACCAGCAGGCAAAGCUCCGGACAGAAGCCGACACGACGAGGAGUUCGGAGAGCAGUUUCGAGCUGUUCCUCACACUUAUGGCAAGGAGCUUGCUCAAAUACUCGUCCUCUGGAGCUACAAACCUGUGGAGACAACUGCGUGGAAGAAUCUACAGCAAGUUCCACACCAAGAAGAUGCAGGAGCUGACGGAGAUGGGCCUGCAGAACUGCUCGCUGCUCUUCCUGGUGCUUGCCUUGUCCGUCGAAUUGGAAGAAGUGGUAAAGAAAGAGUUGACCCUGUUUGAGAUGCUGGCCGCCGGCACCUCCCCCGCAAAGCUGUCUGUCAUCAUGAGGGGCAUGUUUGCAUCUCUGCUGGCGCUUCAGGCGAACGGGGUCGACCUGGCAUCGAGCGCCCGACAGGUGGCGCACUGGUUCUUUGCACACUGCCUGGAGAAAGCUGGGAAGAGCUCCGACAGCAGUUUCCUCCAGCAGAAGGCAGCCCUGCUGCCCCUGUUCUUGGAGGGAGUGGCAGACGUCUUUGAUGCAAGUCCAGACCUCGGGAAGUCGGAACAUGCCCUCUUGGCACCGGAAUUCGGUCAACUCUUAGAGCAGAGCUCUCCGUCAGAACAGGCAGCCAUUUUAAGGACACUUCAGGAUGUGAUAGAGAGGGUCAGGAUGCUGCACAGAAGGAGUCUCUCCCAGGGUGCUUUGCUGAUGCUUCAUGAUGCAGAGCUUAAGGAACAGCGGAUAAGGUUCAGCGCUGCUGUCUACAGCGGCAUCCUGCAGUUUGUGCACAGGGCAGUCGUCGCACCCAUCGCUGGCCCUCCUCCACAGCCGUACAAUGCCGAUGCAGCAGUGGCUGUUACACUCCUAGCUUUGGACCUGCCUUCUAACCUUUCGAUGCCAGUCAGAGCCAACUUCACGAGUUUGUUCGAGUACUUUGGAUGCUCCACCCAGGUGCACCCCAGGGCGUCCUGCCGCUUCCUGUGCCUUGUCCUGUCGGAGUCCGAUGCCCGGGAGGAACUUGCGAGGCGGAUUCCCAACCUGGAGACUCGACUCGUGCAGUCGUGGCUACGCUGCUGCGUCGCCAUUGUUCCGCCUUGCGACCAGAUGACGAGGCUGUCCGGGAUGGUGCUGGAACUGAAGGAACUGAACGAGCUCCUCCUAGGAACCUUGACACGACCGGACGGAGGUGAAAGCCACGACGUCUUUGUGACUCGUCUCUUCACAAGCGUGGCAGAGGCCAGCGACAUCCUCUCCGACGUUGGUGACACAGCGGGUACAACUCGAUUGCAGCAGACGCUAGCACUCUAUCUGCAAGACUUUGUGGUGACCGUGGCAGGAGUGCUGAAGAGCAGCUCGGCAACUAGUGCUGCACUGCAGAAUGUUUAUGCGAUUUGCGGUCAACUCUUCAAGCAUUGCUCGACUUUACUGUACACAAAGGGUCUGUCGGGCUGCUUGCUUCCACAGCUGCUGGACUGCUUGGUGGUGCCGAGUGUUGUCCAUGCCAAGAAGCCCCUGUCCCAAGCUCAUCUGAUGGCCCUCAAACACCAGCUUCCCCAGUUCCUGGACGGCCUGCUGUCGUUUCGGAUAAGGCUGGACCCCUACCUUCUGCGGAGGGUCAAGGACAUCAUCACCCACUACCUCAGCCUCUUCUCACUGACACAAAGUGCCAUCUACAACACUGGUCCACAUCCGUUACUGGUGGUGCUUGACACUGGUGCUGGGUCUCGUGCGUCUCAGAAGCGGGAGCUGUAUGUCUCACUUCUGCUGGACUGCAUCUGUGACAACUUCAUCCCCAAGAAAGGAGUGGCCCACGCGCAUUUUGGCCAGGGAAUUCGCUUCAUCCAGGAGGUCGUGAAGCGAGUGAGGCCUACUCAGAAUGAAUACAGCAGCAUCAUCAAGGCUCUCCUUCCCGCGCUGUUUGAGAACCUUCUCAACUCAAGCACCGACGCCAAGUUGUGUCGUGAGCUUGUCACGCAGAUCCUGAGGGACAGCAAGGACAAGCUCGGUGCCGGCGAACAUGAGUCCCUGGUGGAGGCGCUGUCGUCGUUUGUGGGACGCAACCUGGCGUGGAGUACGAGCGGCGUGUUCCGCCUGCUGCACGACGUGGCCACCCUGCAUCCGCGGCUGGUGGCCGAUGCCAUGUCCAAGGUCACCGUCGCCGCGCAGGACGUGGAGCGCAAAAGAGGAGGCGGCAGCGAUGCAGCCAUACGAAAAAACCUGUCGGACCUGCUGAGUCAUAUUGAGAAGUGCAGAUCGACGAUUGGCAAGAUGUGAUAUCAUCCAGUGUAAAGCUGGGGGUGGGGGAGGGGAGGGGGAGGAACUAGAAUGCAUGCAUUGUGUACAUAUACCUGUCAGAUUGUCGACAGUUGUGCCAAGUUUGUAUGUCAUUAGUACAUGUACAUGACCAUACUGAAGAGUUGUACAUACAAGUCCUGCAAUGCAUUGGAUUUCUUACUGCCAUUUUACAGUAAUGAACAAGUCUUUACUUAUGUGAGUUAUAUUUGAAUUGUGUUCAAAGACCGCUGUGGUUACUGUUCUAGUUUGCCUGCAGCAGUGAUCACAGUUUUCUUUACAAGGGUGUUUUGCUAAGCCGAAACAUGUCAAAUGUCGAUUAACUACAGUCUAAGCUCGUUGUAAGAGACCUUGAUUUUGACCAAGAUUUUGGUCUGUUGUAAAGGAAUAUGUUGUAUGCAGAUAUGAAGUUAAGUCAAUGGUAUGUGGAGGAAAACCACCCAAACUUCACAAAUCGGUAUGUUAUAUCCAAAUGUCUGUUGUAACCAGGUCUGUUGUAAUGAGCUUAGACUGUAUCCUUUUUCAACAUCAUUAAUUGAUACUUCGACUGAAUAAAGGCUUUACCUGACAAAGGCA